AUGUUUCUACAGCGCGAUCUUUGUGUUGUCUCGCUGCUUCCUUUCUUUUAUGUGAUUGCCAUCUUUGCUCAGCUUUACAGCAUCAAUGUAUUCGCCUCUAUCACUCCUCGCACCUACUUUUCCAACGUCCGCACACCUCAGCUGCCUAAUGAUCCUAUUAUCAUUGACGCCGCAAAUUUUGCAGUAUCUCAACUUCGUACACUAUCGGAUUCGGGCAUAUACACAACAUUAACACUGGCCAAGAUCCAUGCAGCAGCGACAGAGUUGGGCGAUUUUCACUAUGUGAUUCAUCUCCAGAUAACGUUAACGUCACCCCACUUCCGUAGCAAACGUAAGGAAGAGAGUUUUGACCUGAUGGUGCUCGAAAGUAAGCCGUAUGUCAAGGAUAAAGAUAGCGAUAUACUUGAUACUACUCGUAGCAUCGCUAUCGACAGAUUUCCAGAGAUGGACGAGAACGCUAUUGAAAGGUUUUGGGUGAACAUGAUGGAAGAAAGACGGCAACAGCGUCGUGAUUUGUUCGAGAAAUGGGAAAAGGAAGAGAAUUUGUCAGGACGAACUGAAGAAAAGAAGGCAAUGAAUCCUUUUGUUGAAAUGAAAGCUUUACCACACAAUGAGCCUCUACUCAGCAGCUCCAAAAUCAGCAACAGAUGCGCAGCGUCCACCAAGAUGAGCUGUAAUCCUCUAUAA